ACAAAAAUAGAGAAUAUAACAAAAGCAAUCAGGGAAGGGAAAGGGGAGGAGGAGGAGGACAAGGAGAGAGAGAGGGUGGAAGGGACAAAAUCUUCUCAACUGUCACCUUCAAUUUUCAGCCUGUGCCACUCGAUAGCUCCAUCGGCAUCAAUAACAUCUAAUUCCUCUGCGCCCUUUCACGUUUCUUUCUCUCUCCUCCCGCCAGGAGUCGAGAUCCUUCUUGGUCUUGUUUGUUUGUAGGUGAAAGGGAAACAAUGAGUCUCUUUGGCCUCGGAAGCAAGAACCAGAAGACAUUUAGGCCCAAGAAGAAUGCACCAUCUGGCAAUAAGGGUGUACAGCUGAAAAAGCACAUUGAUGCUACCUUGGGAAGUGGUAAUUUGAGAGACGCAGUCCGGUUGCCUCCUGGAGAGGAUCUCAACGAAUGGUUAGCUGUUAACACUGUUGAUUUCUUCAAUCAGGUGAAUAUCUUAUAUGGCACUCUGAUGGAGUUCUGCACACCUGCUACAUGUCCAACGAUGACAGCCGGAUCAAAGUUUGAGUACAGAUGGGCUGAUGGAGUGCAGAUCAAGAAACCUAUAGAAGUUUCAGCACCAAAAUAUGUAGAGUAUUUGAUGGACUGGAUUGAGGUCCAGCUUGACGAUGAGUCCAUUUUCCCUCAGAAACUUGGUACCCCUUUCCCACAGAAUUUUCGGGAAGUAGUGAAGACAAUAUUCAAGCGUCUUUUCCGUGUUUAUGCUCAUAUUUAUCACACACAUUUUCAGAAGAUUGUGAGCCUCAAGGAAGAAGCCCAUCUCAACACUUGCUUCAAGCAUUUUACAUUGUUCACUUGGGAGUUCAAAUUGAUCGACAAGGCCGAGCUUGCGCCUCUUAUUGAUCUAAUCGAAUCCAUUGUGACGGUUUGCUAAGACGGCAAGGAGAGUGGAAUCUUUGCCUCCACUCCCACACCCUGUUAAUUCUGCCUUUUCUAGCGUAAUCCAAAAGUAAGCAGAAAGAGUGAGAGUGUUGCCAAAAUGGCCAAAGAAAUUAUAUUUUGCACCUGUUGUUUCUCUUUCUUCUUCAUAAAGUUGAGACUGAGACCACGCUUGUGUUAUGAACCCGUGGACAAACUAUUUGGGGACUAGACGAGCUUGUUGUGUACUAGUGUUAAUUAUCUUGACUCUGUACUAAAUGUAACUUAACUAGAAGAGAUUAGCAAUAUUUUAUAUUUACCCAAAA